AUGGCGCCGUUUCCAACAACGUCCCUCCCGCAUAGGAUCGCUGCCGGACUCCCACCACUCCCCGCGACACCCCGGCCGAGACAUCCUUCGCUACGGCGCCAAGAUGGCGGCCGGCCAUAUGGUCUGAGUAAUCCGCUUUCUGAUCACUUAAAAUGGCGGCCUCGGGGCGGGGCCUCCGGGCGCGGGGCACGCUGGGAGCCGGCGCGCGGGACGCCGGGAACGGGGCGGAGCGCGGCCGCGCCGGCGCGUCGAGUGGGAGAGGCAGCUGCUGCGAUGGACGUUUUCCUUAUGAUCCGGCGCCACAAGACCACCAUCUUCACGGACGCCAAGGAGUCGAGCACCGUGUUCGAGCUGAAGCGCAUCGUCGAGGGUAUUCUCAAGCGGCCGCCCGACGAGCAGCGGCUGUACAAGGAUGACCAGCUUCUGGAUGACAGCAAGACCCUGGGCGAGUGUGGCUUCACCAGUCAAACAGCGAGGCCACAGGCUCCAGCCACUGUGGGGCUGGCCUUCCGGGCAGAUGAUGCAUUUGAAGCUCUGCGCAUUGAGCCCUUCUCCAGCCCUCCAGAGCUGCCUGACGUGAUGAAGCCACAGGACUCAGGAAGCAGUGCCAAUGAACAAGCUGUGCAGCAGGUGCCUCUUUCCUGCUCAGAGACCAGAAGCAAAAGUGUAAGCCAGAACCAGUGUGUCUUCAGAGCAGUCUAUGAAGAACCCCAUAGUUGGUCACUAG